CACCGACCCUGGACGCUUGACAGUCUGACUCCCAGUACCGACAUCAUUCGCGGAAUCUGGAGUCACUGUGUCAAUAUUACUUGACCCUGGUUUGGUGUGGCUCUCUCGCCAGACGAUGGCAGACCAGAAAGCAUCGCUAGACUUGACCCACGUUCUCUGUGAGCCUCCUUUCCCUCCAGUCGUGUCUACUGACUACCGAACGUUUUCAGAUGAUGCAUCCUCGCACGUUUCGCUCGCACUCGCCCUCAUAACAUUAUCACCCAUCCUCUUGAUGGUCAGUCGCUUCCCGUUCGAUGCCAUGGAUCAACGCUCGUCUGACCAGCAUCAACUCGGAUAAGGCUAGUUAUGCCGUUCUGGCCGUCUAUACGCGGGAAGUCACGAUCAUCAACAUGUGGGCUGGUCAGCUUCUUUGUGAAUUUCUGAACUGGGUUGUCAAGCGUUUGGUGAAGCAAGAACGGCCUAUAGGUGCGGUUUGUGUAGCUAGUCUCAAAAGUCGUGUUGACAUAGCCAUGUCACGAUUUGCAGAUAGUGUGGGCAAUGGCUACGGCUUUCCUUCAUCGCAUAGCCAAUAUAUGGCAUUUUUUGCCACAUUUCUUGUCCUGCACCUGCAUUGUCGACACAAAUUUGUCUCGACCGGCUUUUGGGCUGUUGACGUCCUAUGGCAGGCUGUGGUCCACUUUGCAUUGAUUGGUUGGGCUGUCGUCGUAGCAUACUCUAGGUGAGCAUCUCACAAUUCUCCGCCGUGAUCUUCGUUGACGGUGCCAUCCGACUUCCAGGCUGCAUUUGGCGUAUCACUCUCAUCAUCAGGUUCUGUGGGG